UGGAGUGUUUCCUAAUAAUAUUGCCUAGAGGAAGCAUAUAUCAGGUGAAUAGAAUAGGUCCAAGCACAGAACCUUGUGGAAUUCCGUGACUAACUUUGGCGUGCAUGGAGGACUCAUGUACAAAUUAAGAUCGAUCUGAUGGACAGGAUUUAAACCAGCCUCGUGCGGUUCCUUUAAUGCCAAUUACAUGUUCCAGUCUCUGUAAUAGGAUGUGAUGGUCAAUGGUGUCGAACGCAGUACUAAGAUCUAACUAGACGAGUACAGAGACAAGUCCAUUGUCUGAUGCAAUUAAAAGGUCAUUUGUAAUUUUCACCAGUGCUGUCUCUGUGCUAUGAUGCACUCUAAAUCCUGACUGAAAAUCCUCAAAUAAACUAUUGUUAUUUAGAAAGUCACACAACUGAUUGGCGACUGCUUUCUCAAGGAAAGGGAAGGUUAGAUAUAGGUCUAUAGUUGGCUUAAACCCCUGGAUCACGAACGAGGUCGGACACUGAAUGAGGUGAGUGGAUAUAAUAUAUCUUAUACUGGCUGUGAUCGGGAUUGAUGGAGAGCAGGAGAGUGAUUGGGAGCAGGUGUGGGUGAUUACAGGCUGUGAGGCCUGGCAUAACUGUGACAGUAACACUCUGAAUAAUAAAUACUUUAAUAAUUUAAAUACACUUUGUGGAUCAUUCUUUAAUAGUUUUAUAUAAAUAAGCGUGUCUGAAUACUUUCUCACCACUAAUUAUGAGGAAUUUCAUUAAUGCAACAACACAGCAACAAUUCUGCCAGUCCAACAAAAUAACAAAAGGUUAGUAAACAAAUAAAAGUCAUUAAUCCUAUAAAAUUCAACUGUAACUGUGAACACCUAAAUGCUGCCAACCUCCAUAGAAUUUGUAAACCAUUUCUCAUUGGCUUUUACACACACACACACACACACACACACACACACACACAUCCCAUCUCUUUCAACACACACAAACAGGUGUCAUUUGCAACGGCUCAGGUAAGAAGAGCCUCUGGAGGAUUUCCAGCUUUUCAUUGGCUUUGAGGCAAAAUAACAGUCCACAAACCAAGGGGUGGAGCAGACAAAGGUGUGGCUCCUCUGCAGGUAAAAACGGACAGUGCCAUGGUUACUUGAUAGACCCAGGAAGUCACUAGAUAGCUGUAGUGACACAGAGUGUUACAGACAUGGCAGGAUGCAGGAUUAACGUUUGGAAAAAUGAUCUUAUUGUGCUUUGCUGCUCCAGUAUAUCGUAACAGACAAGUAAGAAUCACACUUAACUGCAACUGAAGGCCGAGUCCUGUCAUCAUUUCUUCAGAAGAGCCUGUAACUUUUGCUCUGUGACAUAUGUUAAAGGACGGCAACCCACAUCUACAGACAAGGGACUGUCAGCAUGCUGGAAAGUGGCUUUGUUAAGGGAGGACAAAGACAGGGAAUGGUGGACGGUGGGAAACUGGCAGAAAGACGGAGAUGGUUUAGUCGGUCACGGCGCCACAGCCUCUUCGUCAUUCUGGUGUUGGGAGCAGCUUUUUUUUUUUACAACACAAACCUGAAGGAAAUGGCACCUGACUGGGACCCAAAAUGGUGGAUGCAAUACAAUUUAACAAAAUGGUGGAUUCCAUUUAAAAGUCAGAGUCAAAAUGUAGUCUCUCCCAACACGUCUGAUUCCAGCGGCAGCACUCCUGGAUCUGCAUCUGGACCGACCACUGCUGCUGGCUUUACAACUGAGACCAGCUCGUCUGUAUUUUCUCAUACUUGGAAUAUCACAUUAAUAAAUGCGACAGACACGAAUACUACGCCACAUCAGACUACAAAUGCUUCAGUGGUGACGCAGAUGAUGACACAAAACACACCUGUGCCAGUUCCUUAUGUAUCUCCGGGACCGUACUUAGUGGAAUACCCCUAUGAGUACCGCUUCAUUAUAAAUGAGCCAAAGAAAUGUGAGCAGCAGCAGCCUUUCCUGGUUCUGAUAGUUCCUGUGGCGGCCCACAACAGGGCCCAUCGUGACAUCAUCCGCAGCACCUGGGGAGGUGAAAGCCUGGUCCUGGACAAAGUGGUGACGCUGUUCUUCCUGCUGGGGCUGCACACUGGAGAGGGAGCAGAGCAGCUCCAAGAGCAGCUGCUGCAGGAGAGCAAAGAGCAUCAAGACCUGAUCCAGAGCGACUUCCUGGACUGCUACAAGAACCUGACCAUCAAGACCAUGGUGAUGCUGGAGUGGCUGGACGCCCACUGCUCCAGCGCCUCUUAUGCCAUGAAGAUUGAUUCAGACAUGUUUCUAAAUGUGCCCAAUCUCAUCAGCAUGUUGUCAAAUGCUCCAAAGACUAACUACAUGAGCGGACUUGUGGCGAGAGGAGGUGCAGUCCUGAGAGAUCCAAAUUCUAAGUGGCUGGUAGUUGUUAAGAGAAGCUUCCAAUUGGUGCCCAAUUCCAGGAUAAAUAAGUGUGGUGGGAUUGACCAGGUGUCAAGACCAGGUGCUUCGAUACAUUUCCAGAGUUGUAAAAUCCUUCCUGUCUCACCGGACCUGAAACAAACACCGCCACCAACACAAUUCCUGCGUUUUCGGCCUGAACGUGUUCUACGACUGCUUCAGCAUGCUGGACACAGGGAAGAGAGGAGCAGAGGCAGUCGGAGGAACGGGCGGAUGCAGAGAGAAAGAUUGUGUGGACAAAAGACAAAGUCACUAUACUAUUUAUAA